AUGUCCGCAAAGCAAGCAGUGGUUAGUCCAUCAGCUCAGACACCGAUAGGUAAUUACUCGCAGGCCAUCCGACACGGAGACACUGUGUGGCUGUCUGGACAACUUGGAUGGGACGUCAAGACAAACCAAUUGGUUAAAGAGUCGUUUGAGGCCCAAUUGGAUCAGCUGUUGAGGAAUAUCAAAGGUCUGGUGGAGGCCGCCGGCGGUUCCCUCGAAGACAUCGUUAAACUAAACCUAUAUAUUCUGGAUUACAAGAACUUUCCCACAAUUAACAAAGUGGUCGACCGAUACUUCAGCGAACCCUUUCCCGCCCGCGCCUGCAUUGGUGUCGCGAGUCUUCCGUUGGGCGCCGACAUUGAGAUCGAGGGUAUCGUUCAGUUGCCUCACAAAUAA